UUUUAGGGUCAGGGAAAAAGUGAAAAUUUUGUCUGGAAAUCAGGGAAAAAGAAAAUUAAAUAUUUGUGGCAACUUUGAAAAAGUUUAAAUAUUAGCGGGUUAUGUCACGAUAAGUUGGGACAAUUUCUUCUGAACCAAUCACAAGUCUUGUUGUAGUUUGCUAAAGAAAACAAAGGAAAAGCAUUGAAAUUUUGACGGUUAUUUAAUUCCUAAAGGAAAAACAUUAUUUUUGUUUAUUUAAGACAUUUUUCUUAAUUAUUUCAUUGUUCCAGGUGUGUUUUAAUAUACGAAUUUUAUUUUGUAUUCAUUAAUUUAUUCAAUGAGGGUGAAUUAUCAUUAUUUGGAGUGUCUUUACCUUUGUUGCGGCAACUUGUAGCCGUGGAUUGACAACAAAAACAAAUAAUUGUUGUGAAUGUCGGAAUAUUUUUCAAUUAAUCAAAUUUAACGGAAUUGACAACAUAAACAGUAGUAUAAUGUCGAAUUCAACGGCACAUGAUCCUUCGGUUGAAAGACACUUUAUUGGCCAUAAGGAUACAAUUUCAGGAUUAUGCUUCCAUCCAGAAACAUCACACAUUGGAUCGUCGAGUUUAGAUCGUACUUUAAUGGUCUGGAAUUUCACUGAUUCAGUGAGAGCGUAUAAAUUUUCUGCACACAAAGAUGUUGUUUUGGAUGUUGAUUAUGCACCUUCCGGGGAAAUAAUUGCAACAGCUUCCAAGGAUAGAUCUGUAAGAAUAUGGGUACCGAAAAUUCACGGCGAGUCCUUGGAUUUUCGAGCUCAUUCCGGCGCUGUUCGUUCGGUGCAAUUCAGUCCUGAUGGUGAAAAUCUCGUGACAUCUUCAGACGAUAAGAGUGUAAAAACUUGGAAGGUCUGUAGAAGAAGAUUUCUUCAAUCAUUCACGGAUCAUACGAAUUGGGUAAGAUGUGCCAAAUAUUCCCAGGAUGGGAGACUAAUUGUUUCUUGCAGUGACGAUAAAACGAUCAAAUUAUGGGACACAGUAAGCGGACAAUGCGUCAGGACUUUUAAUGAAAUGAAAGCAUCUGCUGUCGAUGUUGAAUUUCAUCCAAGCGGAGGAGCAAUCGGAGCGGCCUGCACAAACGGUUGUGUCAAAUUGUAUGACUUAAGAACUGCUUCAUUGCAUCAACAUUAUAGUAUUCACAGUGGAACAGUGCACAAAGCAAAGUUUCAUCCGAAUGGAAACUUCAUGUUAACUGCUUCUCAGGACUCAACAAUGAAGAUUUUAGAUCUGCUCGAAGGUCGUCCUAUCUACACAUUAAAGGGUCACGUUGGUGAAAUAACAUCAAUAUCAUUCUCAAAAGCAGGAGAAUACUUUACAUCAGGAGGUGAAGAUCGACAACUAUUGAUUUGGAAAUCGAAUUUCGAUAAGGAAGAUAAAGUGAGAAAAGUUGCUAGACGAUUAAUUCCACCAAAUCCAAAAUUAAAAUUAGACAAUCCAUUGUCUGAUAAGAGGAAGAAUUCACAGGAAAAAGAGUCUGAUGAUGACGACAACGAUGAUGAUGAUAAAGAAGAUAAUCUGGAAGAGGUAUUAAAUUCGAAACUACAAAUUUAAUUCACUAUUCUUAUUUCUAUUUAUUAUUCAUAGUAUUUAUCAAAAUCAAGCAAAAGUUUGCAUGAAUCACAAACUAAAAGUAGAAGUUUCACUGAAUAUCCAAUGAAUUCAAAUCAUAAAUCACAAAUUGAAGUGAUCAAUUUACGAAAUAUGGAAGCACAAGAAAAUACGAGAUUCACGAUGUCAGAUUCUUAUUGUAAGGGAUUUAGUGACAUUUCUCAUAGUUCAAGUCAAACGGAAUUAAUUAUUGAAGCACUCAGUGAACAGGUUGAAUCAAUACGUAAUACUGUUGUCUUACUUGAACAACGAUUAACGGUAGUUGAAGACGAAUUGAAAAGUUAAAAUAUUUUCUAUUCUACUUAAAGAAUUAUGAUUUCGUAUUAUGAAAGAAAGUAUUUUUAUUUUUUACUUUUUGUAUAAAUCAUUUUAAUCAGUUUUUAGUUUAAAUUUGAGAAUUUUAAGUUUAGAAGGAAACUUAAAAAAACAGUUAUGUAGGAAACAGUUGUGAAUAAAUAUAAUUUCACAGAAAUAGAAAA